AAGGAGAAACAAUGAAAUAUAUAUUUUUCAAAACAGUUUUUCUUGAAGUGUUACUGUUUGUUUAUUGCAAAUCAAUCAACUACGAGAGAAACAAUGAUGCAAGAUCAAGAACAUUUCAAGUAACUGAAAAUCCAGUUGAAACUAUUGAGAUUACGCCAAGACCAAACCUGUUUUUUAAUAAACAAACACCAAAAACAGACCAAAAUCAAGUGUUCAGUGUUAAUUCCUUUCAAAUUGCAUCCCCACAAAAUGAACAAUUUUCUAACAAUGCAUUGUCCUUACAUUAUAAUUCCGGAUUCAUUGCACUUAUGAUAAACAUGUUAUUGAAAUUGUACACGAUUCAAAAAGAUGGUCGAUUCAUCAACGAUGUGAGAAGAAAUUCACCAGAACUUUUACCUUCUGAUCCAUAUAUUGAAUUGUUACUAUCACAUUAUGGUAAAUAUUUACCUAAAUUUUCCGGUUCACCAAAACAUUUUUACUCACAUAUUACAGUAAAUAAUUUACACAAUAAUCAACCUUUUGGUAAUUAUAAAUAUGUCCAAGAUAGAAAUGAUUGA